UUUUGCGCAGAUGUAAAGAAAGGAUAACCAUGUCGGCUAUAGCGUUUGAGGUGCAAGUGCUCCGUUUGGGCGAGAAACAGGAAAUAUAUAAAUUACAAGAGCUGAUUAGCAAUACAAGUAUUGAAAAGCUAACGGAUACGCUGACGUCACGACUGCCUCGUAAAGAUUGCAUAUUUUGGAACUAUUUAUUACUUGGCUUCGACCCUAAUAAUUUUGAGUCACGGGAGAAGCGAUUUGCGUGUGUGCGCAGUUUCCUGGAGAAGCUGAGAUCUGUUGAGCUGAGCUACAAACAGUCGUACGAUUUGAUCACACGCCUCUGUCAGGACCUUCCAACGUUCUCGACAAAUGAGCUGGGAGAGAUUGUGGAUCACUGCCUGCACGACAUGCGUAUCGGCGACGCCAAAUGCGUGGGUUGGAAGGAUUUGUUGCCGCAGACCUUGACCGUGCUGGCUGUCAAGCCUCGUCUCACCAUGAAUGAUAUAGCUAUGACUGGGCAGGAAUAUCGAGAUGCCACUAUGCGCAGAAUAUUCACCAUGCGUUGGGCCGCUCCUGUGCUGACACCUUUGGCGGGAAUGUUCAAAGAGAUGCAGCUCAGUAAUGAGGAACGUUUGACGGUGCUGAACAAGUUUGCCGGUGCACUACAGGAACAAACGCCUAUGGAACUGCCAGCACUGUGUUUUCAACUGUUUUCCAUGUGUAGCAGCGCUGGCCAGUUGAUUAUUCCAUUGCUGGCGCUAGAAAAGUAUUUCCAUCGGUACUACUACAAACGUCUCUUUGCCGAUAUGUGUAACAACUCCUCGGAUCUGGACAGCAUUGACAGCUACUCGGAGAAGGAGCUGCGCGAGGCAGAGGAGACUAUACUCUUUCAUUUGAACUGCUGCACCAUGUACACGCUUAGCGAGCAGCAGCUGUCCAUUAUGUUUCGUAAUUUUCUGCACAUGCCAGAGUUUAUACUGACACCCUUUAUGAUGAGCGCCAUCUUAUCGAUGACAGCGGCCAAUCGAGAGCCCGACUCAGCGCGCCUCUCCAGAUCCAUUUUGUUGCCCUUCCUGAGAAGCGUCAUCAAGAAUAAUGAGGAAGAGCGCGCCCUGGCAAAAUAUUCGGUGUGGUGUCGUGUCACAUUGCAACGCAAGCAAGUGGAUUCAGAGCAGGUGUUCCAAGUACUUAUUGAUCAGAAUAAGGACGGCAAGGAUAUGAUCACACCGGGCCUGAUCAAUCUAGCAUUUGUGCUGCUGAAGGCAAAGCAGUCGCCCACACUAAAUGCCCUGGCCAUGACCUUUCUGAGCAAGUUCAUACGCAGGCGGUUUAUUUUUGGUCAGGGCAUUAUCGAUCGCAUUGCUGAAUGGAUGUUGGUGGAUCAGGAGCAGCAUCAGUUUUCGGAAUGCCUCGCCUUACUGAGCAUGGCUGAUACCUAUACUAUGUCCGAGUGCGGCAAAACCAUCAAGUCGGUGAUGAGCCAUUUUCUAUGGCUGCCUGGCCAACAAUCAAUGCGUAUGAUGAACUUCAUUUUGCCGCUGUUAAAACUUUCAAAUUCCCUGCGCGAUGCUUUGAUUGAAGUGCUGCGUAGGGCCAUCAAUUCCAGUGAUGUGCACACGCGACUCAUGGCAGUCUAUGGUUUCUGCAUGAUAUUAAAGCAGCUGAAUUUUAGCAACUCGGCGCGUCAGACACAAGGUGCUAGCGGCUAUUGCACCCAACAGAGCAUCUCGGGCUGCUCUCUGAUGACACAAAGCACACUUAGCAACAGUCGGAACCGAAAGUAUCGCAACUUCGAUAUGCUGACUUUGGAGAUUAUUGGAAUGCUGCGCAGCUGUUUUGGCCAAUCGUUAGACAUUCGCUGCACACUAUACGAAAAUUUGCAACGGGCCGUAGAGCUAAAUGCCAAGCUCGUGCCGCAUGUUCUUCAGUUUGUGGACUGGCAUUUUCGAAGCUUUUUUGACACGUCGCCUUCAUUGGAGGGGGGAGAUGAUUUGGACAGCGAGUUUAACGUAAGAUUUUCACUUUUAGUGGAAGCCAAAGACGAUCAGCACAUGGAGCUGCAGCUCCACGACAAUCUCGGCUGUUUGGUACAGUUUGUGGCAAAUUGCUUGGCCAUAUUCGAACGCGCACCAGCGGGAUAUGAUACUCGUGAGAUGAAGCGCCUGUUGAAUUUGUGCAUACAGCGCAUUGUGGCUAACCGCUUGCCCUUGGAAGAUAAUUCCUCGUCCGCCACUCAUCUGAAGUGUGUGUUGUUGCAACAGCAAAUGAACCUUAUCGAGGGUCUCAUUUCCCACCUGCUGCUAAGCUCCAAACAAUCCAAUGAUAACAUUCGACAUAUACUGCCGUUGUUCAAGCAGCAUCAGAAACUAACGCUCGUACUGCAAAGCAUGGCAAGCGGGGCCAAAAAACUACAAAAGCGGGGCAAGUUGGGCGAUACAAACAACACAACGAUUGCAAAUCUCACCGUAAAUGGCGUUAAGGUGCAGCGCAUCAACAUGCGGCCUGAUAAUAUUUGGGACAUAGCGAUAUUGGAGAAAUUGUUGCAUUUACUACACGAUGACAAUGUGCCCUUUGCCGACGCCGAGCAUACGACCCAGCUGAGAUCCAAUGUUGAACUCGUGCGUUAUGUGCUGGAUGUGACGACCCAAAAGGUGGAACAAGUACGCCUCGAGCCGGAUUACAAACAGCUGGCCUACAGCAAGCGCAUGUUGAAGCAUCUAACGGACGUUACCAAACUCAUAUACGAGCGCUGCAUUCGCAGACUGCCUGAAUUGUGGCGCAACUUUGACUUUGCCACAGCCGUCAGUGCCGCCAAUUGUUUCUUCAACUGCCUACGCACAGCCAACGAAACGUACCAAAGACGAUUUUCCGAUUUUGUGAAAGGGUUCGACAUGGCCACGAUAAAUAAAACCAAGGAGACACAUUAUAUCAUACAGGACGUAAUCGAUGAGUUCAUGCAGGAGGACGCCAGUGAACAAAACGCGGAGGAGGCGCUUUCGAAACAAUCGAAUGGCAUUCAGAUACCACUUUGCUUGCUACAGUCUCUCGAGAUUCUUUAUGAUCACAUAGACUAUGAGCAACGCGCUGCAACUGAGUCAUAUACCUGGUUGUUGCAGUUCUGUCGUACCUACGAGCUGCCCAGCGGGGAGUUGGGUAUUGUCCAUCGUCUGCUCUUCACGCAGCGACAAAAGACGCAUGCGGCUGCCGUUUUUGACAGUGUAGCGAAGCAGCUUGGUAGGGUUUUGGGGACGGUUUGCGAAGGCACUGAAGCGGAUGAUGAUGGUGACGUUGACGAGACGUCAGGAGGGCUAUUUCUCAAGACUAUUAGCCAAGCCACCGCGGAGACUUGUCUGCAGUAUCUUUAUGCAGCAUUGCGCAAACAAAUCGAGGAUGUGGACUAUUUUAUAGUAAAGGCGAACAACUUGAACUACAAAUGCAACAUUGUUCCAGAGUCGGAUCGCGAUUAUUGGCGUGGUAAUCUAGAUUCCUUGGAUCGCUCAAUUUGUACGCAGUUGAUUCAAAUCUCCCAGACGCUUCAGUCCCUGACGAGUGUUUGCAUACCUCUCGGUGCCUCUAUAGACGGGCUCAUGCGUCUGCUCAUACAGCAUUACAAUUGCCUCAGCAAUCUCACUAAGCACUGUCUGGCCUGUUGCGCUAAUCAUACUAUUUCCAUCAAGAGCACCAAAAUCGAAUUCCUAAUAAGCGUCGUGGGGCGACCGCUGCCCACCAAUGUCUACAAGCUUAUUGUUUAUGUGGAGGCAAAUGUGCUGGACGAGCAGGCAUCAACAAAGCGCAAUCCGCAGGCCGAUAAGGCAAAAGUUCUGCGCGAAACGAGACUUAUACCCAAAGUCAUUCUGUCCAUUGAGCAAUUCAACAAGCACAUCAUAGUGCUCUCUCAGAAGACGAAAGAUCGGCUGGCGAAUUACCUGCAUUUUGGUACUGUGCGAGAUUUCCGAUUCAAGACGGCGGAUCUUAAGGCGGCCAUUGAACGCACUCUGUCGCAUAGUAACGAAAUUCAAGUGUUGGACAGCAAUCUGGAUGAGCAGGUCGAGGACGAGCCUGACGACAAGGAGCAGGAGGUGCAAGAAAGCGAUGAAAACGACAGCAAUGCUGAGAUAAUGGAGGAUGAGGAAGCAGCCGAUGAAGGUGAUGGGGCCGAAGAUCAAGAGAAAGCCGAGGAUGUACCGCCCCCCAAGUCUCAGCGACGACGACGCGUGCUUAGCAAUGAUGUGGAGGAAUCACAACCGAAGCGUAGGCGUGGCCGACCAGCUAAGAAAUAAAUACAUUUGUGAUGAAAUGCCAAA